GCUCUCUUUAAGACCAAGAAGUAUCCACCCUCCACGUCUCUCUACCUCUCCUACCGUGCAGGGGCUGUAAAUUACUGUCAGCCGAGCAGUAGCUGCCCUUAUCUCCCACCUUCACGUCUCCUCCAGCAGCCUCUCUCUCCUAUUACACCCGGCUAUUCCUCCUUCCUGCCCCUGCACUCUGCUGAGCAGCUGAUAUACUAACAGACAGGCUGCAGAGGAAAAGUUGGCCCCAUUACCUUUCCCCACUAUCCUAUCAGAUCAGUAAUUGCAGUUUGAAGCUGAGGAUCUGCAGAGCAUCCAUCCGGCUGCGGUGUGUGAAUGGGCUCCCUCCCACCUCUGUCACAGUGGCCGGUUCAGGUUCUCAUCCAGCUCCCUUAGCUGCUGCUGCUGCUUGUGGGGGCGAAGCUGUCAUCUCAGCCCACAAGUCUGAGACUGGCACACAGACACACGUCGCUUCCAUGGAUCGGAUGGAGCAGCCAUUCCACAAUUAGCACCAGCCACAACUUUUGCCCCCUGACUUGAGCUGUGUUACUUUGCCCAGGAAAAUAAAAGCCAGUAGGCAAAUGUGACCUGCAGUUACCUCUACAACUGGAGCCAGAGAAGCAACAAAAACACGGAAACUUAAAAUAUGGAUGGUUUAAUUGAACAGAACAGUGUUCUUAUGCAUAGUAAAAUCACAGAAGCCGGUAAAAGAAAUGGCUUAAUCAACACAAGAAAUUUAAUGGCGGAAAAUAAAGAGGGAAUGGUGUCUGUUUAUCCAACUCCUCAUUAUCAGAGUCACAUUGUUGGCAGUAUUUCACCUCAGACUGGCAAAGAUAACAUUAAAAAUGACCCUGUUCAACAACUGCUGGAUCCUAACAUGCUACAACAGACAGUAGAGUCUCACUAUCGGCCCAACAUCAUUCUGUAUUCUGAGAAUGUCUUACGCUCUUGGGGUGAGAAUGUGAGCACUGAAUGCUGUGAAACCACAUUUAUCGAAGACAGAUCACCAACCAAAGACAGUCUUGAUUAUCCAGAUAGCAAGUUCAUUGACCUUUCCUCUGAAGACAUCAAAAUUCAUACUCUUUCUUAUGAUGUAGAAGAGGAAGAAGAAUUUCAAGAGUUAGAGAGUGACUAUUCCAGUGACACAGAAAGUGAAGACAACUUCUUAAUGAUGCCACCAAGGGAUCACCUUGGCCUCAGUGUAUUUUCCAUGCUGUGCUGUUUCUGGCCCUUGGGGAUUGCUGCCUUUUAUUUGUCACACGAGAAAGAAGAUGGAUCGGCAGAAAAAAUGCUUUUACUGAAACAAGAAAAAGAAAAUAACUUAUUGAUUGUGUAGAGCUAGCUCUGUUCAUGAUCAAUGGGAUUGCAUGGUGGGAUUUUGUGAAUUAUCCUAAUAUUCGCAUGAAUUUUUUUUUAACUUUCUCUUUAUUGCUUUAAAUUGGGUUGUGUUGUAAAAAUAGGCAGGUAAUACUGUAUAAGACUGGGAACAAAAUCCCUCUCGCGUUACAAUGUAAAUUUCGUUGAAGUUUACUUUGCUAUCUGAUUCAGGAGAUAUGGACUAAAUCCUCCUCAUUUGUAAAUAUGUUAUGUUAUGUUUAACUGUAGAUUUACAUGGAAUAGAAUGUAUGAAUACUUUUAUAGUCUAUGAUUCUAUCAGGUUCAGUAUUUGGAAUGUAGGUACUUAAAUUUAUUUGGCAGUUGUCAUUUCGUUAGGUCCGGUGUCUGAGGAACAUCACAAAUCAUGCCCUAUAUUCCUAAAGUAUUGGUUCUUUGUGAAUUAAUAAGAUGCAUUUUCAUAAUCAGCCCAUAAAAUGAUUCAUCCGCUGUGUGUAGGGAACAGGUGUUCUCUAUGGGACUGGGAAAUUCCUAUUGAUCUAAUAAACAGAAUUGUGAGCAAAAACUGCAUAGUAUAUAGUCUAUUUACCUGAUUUGCAUUAUGUAUUCCUUCAUACCUUAAUAUGUUUACAAAAGAACACUCUUACUGUGCUAAAAGACAUGUUUAAAGCUAUAAUUCUUGGUUAUACUGUAAGUGAACCACUCAGUUUAUCAGCGACUAAAAGCAGAUAUUGACAACUGUACAGUAAAACAUUACAUCAUGCUUGUUUGUUCUUCUGGAAUGUCUGUGAGACUCCAGAACUUAGGGGAACCAUCCCAGACUCCUUUCAGAAUCUACUGAACCUCACUUUGUUCUAAACUGGACAGGGCUUUGGUGAUGUGAACUGAUAAGAAUAGCCUUAUUAUUUCCCUGCUAUUGCUGAAUGCACAGUGACACAUAGUGGGAUAGUGUAAGUGGGACGAGGACAGGUCUUGCUCUUGUCACUUUGACUUCCACUCUGGGAUCUUCUAAGGGGGAUGUCUAAAAUGUUGACAAGAAUUUCUUAUGCUACAGCUUAUUUAAUACCAUGGUUUAAUUUGUACUUGAAUUAACCACAUUAUAGCUGUCAUUUUUGUGGUAUACUCUAGAAAAUGAAGGUUAAAGUGAUUGGUUGCUUUGGUUUAUAGCAAUUUGUGCACAUAGCACUAUGGGGGUCAUUCCGAGUUGUUCGCUCGCAAGCUGCUUUUAGCAGCUUUGCACACGCUAAGCCGCCGCCUACUGGGAGUGAAUCUUAGCUUAUCAAAAUUGCGAACGAAAGAUUCGCAAUAUUGCGAAAAUACUUCUCUGUGCAGUUUCUGAGUAGCUCGAGACUUACUCUUCCAGUGCGAUCAGUUCAGUGCUUGUCGUUCCUGGUUUGACGUCACAAACACACCCAGCGUUCGCCCAGACACUCCUCCGUUUCUCCAGCCACUCCCGCGUUUUUCCCAGAAACGGUAGCAUUUUUUCACACACUCCCAUAAAACGGCCAGUUUCUGCCCAGAAACACCCACUUCCUGUCAAUCACAUUACGAUCACCAGAACGAAGAAAAAACCUCGUAAUGCCGUGAGUAAAAUUCCUAACUGCAUAGCAAAUUUACUUGGCGCAGUCGCACUGCGGACAUUGCGCAUGCGCAUUCGCGACUAAUCGCUCCGUUGCGAGAAAAAAAUAACGAGCGAACAACUCGGAAUGACCCCCUAUGUUAUGAAAUAAGCUACAAUAAGUAGAUAUUGUCUUCAUAAUUUACAUUUUUGCAUAAAAAAGUUAUAACGUUCAACAUAGUAUUAAUAUUCAUUUGCAAUGUCUGUAAGCUGAAAUAAAGUUUUGCAAAUUGGGCUUAAACUUAAAUGCAUCAAAAUGUUGUUCAAUAUAAUCUCCCAAAGUUUAAAGAUCCUACUUGAAUCUUGAAUGCAUUCUGAAACGAUUUGUAA